AUGGCCGACACAGAGACGAUAAGAGCAGACAGCAGCUAUCUGGCCGCGGGAGCAAACAGGUACUCUGCCGCCUCUGACUGGAGCGCCGAGGGGGUGGUGGCUUUCGGGUCGAAUGCGAAUGUUUGUUUGUGGAAUCCUCAAAACCCAAGAGGUAUCUCAAGCAUACUCAGCCAGCACACCGGCCAUGUCAAAGCCGUCAAGUUUCUCCCCAGGCUCGAGGGUGACGACAAGACUAUCUUGAUCAGCGGAGGAGACGACAAGGUUGUUCGUGCCUGGAGCGUGAGCCCUCGAGAUGCUACAGCUUCGUAUUUGCAGGCUGUGGAGGGGCAUGCGGAGCCUAUCAAUUGCAUUGCGGCUUUGGGAGUGACGCCUGCUGGGGCUCCGACGAAGAGGAUAUUCGCUACCGGGGCGGCAGAUGCGACUUUCAGAAUAUGGGCUCACAAUUCGGCUGCGAACGAGGAGCCGUUCAAGCUUCUCCAGUCUGUCAAGACGACCAAGAAAUUCAUACCCUUGGCUCUGGCGCUGAGCCCGCUGGAUGAUGAAGCAAACGGAAUUGUGCUGGCUGUGGUGGGGACGACAAAUGCGGUUCAGAUAUUCACAGCUGGUGCUUCAGAUUUGGAGUUCACACUGCAGGCUACCCUGCCAGGGCAUGAAAACUGGGUGCGGUCUCUGGAUUUCAUCAAGGAAAAGACAGAGGCGGGGAGUGAUCUACUGCUUGCCUCGGCCAGUCAAGACAAGUAUGUUCGUCUCUGGAGGCUUCACCAAGGGACGGCUCUCUCAGCCCUCAACAAUGCCACCGGACUGGACCUGUCAGUCUCCCUGACACCAGGAAACAAAAUCCACAAGAUCUCGGCCGGCGGCACAAAAUACUGCGUCAUGUUCGAAGCCCUGCUGCUCGGACACGAAGACUGGAUCUACACGGCCCGCUGGUCCCGAACCGCAGACGGUAAACUCCUCCUCCUCUCCGCCUCGGCCGACAACUCCCUCUCCAUCUGGGAAUCCGACCCCGAAUCCGGCAUCUGGAUCACGGGCGCCCGCCUGGGAGAAGUCAGCCGCGAAAAGGGCGCCACAACAGCAACAGGCAGCAUCGGCGGCUUCUGGACAGGCCUAUGGUCCCCCGCAGGAACAACCGUCAUCACCCUCGGCCGCACCGGCAGCUGGCGCCGAUGGGAUUACAACCCCUCCGACGACGCCUGGCAGCAAACCUACGCCAUCUCGGGCCACACCCGCGCCGUGACGGGCCUCUCCUGGUCCCAAGAUGGCACCUACCUCUUGUCCACCUCGUCCGACCAAACCACCCGCCUCCACGCCCAGUGGACAGGCAACGGCACCGACUCUUCCUCCUCUGGCUCCUGGCACGAGAUGUCCCGCCCGCAAAUCCACGGCUACGACCUCAACUGCACCGCCACCUUGGGUCCGACAUCCUCCUUCGUCUCGGGGGCAGACGAAAAGCUGAUGAGGGUGUUCACCGCGCCAAAGGCGGUGGCUAAGAUGCUUUCUUACCUGACAAACUCCAAAAUCGACAUGUCCUUCGCCCCUGACGCGGCAGACAUGCCAGUGUUGGGUCUGUCCAACAAGGCCAUUGACAACACCUCCUCCGAACGGCAACCUGAAUCCCAAGAAGAAGAAGAAGGCGGCCUCUCCCAAAGCAACUUCACCAUCCCGGCCGCCCUCGAAGCAACAACCACCCACCCCCCCUUCGAAGAAAACCUCUCGCGGCACACCCUCUGGCCAGAAGUGGAAAAGCUUUACGGUCACGGGUAUGAGAUUUCCUGUCUGUGCUCCUCCCACGACGGGAAAAUCAUCGCCUCAGCCUGCAAAGCCUCGUCUCUCAACCACGCCGUGAUUAGGCUGUUCGAAACAGACAAGUGGACUGAGCUACGCCCGCCGCUGCAGGCUCAUUCCCUGACCGUGGCGAGGGUGAGGUUCUCGGGGGAUGAUGAGCUGCUUUUGAGCGUGGGGAGGGAUAGGCAGUGGGUUGUUUGGGGGAGGAGCGGCACGGGGUAUGAGCUUGUGCAGCAGAUGCAAAAGGGGCAUUCGAGGAUGAUUCUUGACUGUGCCUGGGGGCCUGCUGAGGAGAAAAAAAGGGUUUUUGCGACGGCGGGGAGGGAUAAGCUUGUUCGGUUUUGGGUUGGGGAAAACAAAGAGUUUGGGCUGGGGGGGGAGAUGAAGGAGGGGGAGCCGGUUACUGCGGUGGAUUUCCUGCCCGAGGUGACAACAGAGGGCAAGAUGGUUUUGGCUGUGGGGACCGAGGCGGGGAGGGUCAUGGUUGUUACUUUGGGUGUUGCUGAAGAGGGAAAGGUGGAGGUGGUGAGGAAGGCCGUGUUGGAUAAGGGGCUCUGGUUGCCGGGGACGGUGGUGCAGCUUGCUUGGAGGCCGAAGACGGCUGAGCAAGAUGAGAAGAAGAGGGAGCUGGCGAUUGCGGGUGAGGAUGGUUCGUUGAGGAUAUAUGAGGUGGAGGUUCAGACUAGAUGGUAG